AGGUACAUAUGUAGUGGGGAACUUGUUCUUGGUAUACGAGAUCAGAAGGCAUGUUUUUCCUACCGCCCCAUCACCAACAACUACACACUUAAUCGUAUUCAUAACACUUCUUGAUCAAGACAAGGUAGGUUACACCAUGAGCUGAAAUCAAAUAACAGAUUAGAUGAAAGACACAAUUUGGCACAAUCAAGACAUACAACAUGAAGAGUUGAAGAUAAACAUAGAAAAUGUUGAUUCCAGUAUGAACAGUGAUGUUAACUGCUUCACUUUUAACAUAUCACCCCGCUACGCAUCAACUCCAAGAUACGACUCUAACUCUCACCAUGUGUCACAUGACUUCAACAGAUCAUAUGAUCUCAGCAGAUCCAGUGAUUUCAACAGAUCACAUGAUCAGAACAGAUCUCUACCAGAGUGUUAUCUCCCAAGCAGGAACCUUCACUCCAGGAGUUACCCAGGGUUUGAAAGGGGCGAAGAGAGGCAGCAAGGGAAGAAAACUGUCCGGUUCAGAUCGAGAAGUUUCGAGAAUAAUAGCAACCGAAAUAUCAUCAGAAAUAAACAGGGUCAGGAAAGUCCGUUAGCGCUACUCCAAGAACUGCUUGGUAUGGACUCUUCCCGGUCCAGUUUUACAGAUGUUAUUUACCGAAUAGAAGAGCUGCAAGACCGGGUUGCCUCAGAACAUUUUGUAACGCGUAAGAAAUCCCACGAAAUCCAAAGACUAAAACACAGACUAGACAAUGCAGGAAAGGAGAUUGAUAGUCUGAAGUUCGAGAACAAGAAACAUUAUGUUAAAAACAGAGCAUUUGAUAUAGAGGUUUUCAAGAUGGGGUCACGUAAGCGGCGUCGCCAGCUCCGCAGCUUGAGUCUCCCCGACACUUCCUAUCUGCCCCGUAAAGUGUCCUCCUCAAUGGUGGAAGGGAGUGUUAUCAGCUUACAUUCCGCUAGCUGGGAUAGUGUCGGGGGCAAGGAGGAGCUGGACAGCGAAAGAAGACCUAGUUACCUAUCCGAAGUGGUAUCAGAAGAUCUGGACUUCACGUGUAACGACUUUGAGGCGACACUCCAAGACUUGGUCUUGGAGGAACCCAAAUACCUUAAACAGAAAAUACAGAUUUUAGAGAGAUUACUGAAGGAAUCUACAACACUGCACGCUCAAUCUUCUAAUAUAAACCCUAUGUUAAAUGAGGAAGAUGGGGACUCAAUCAGUAGAGUUAAAUACGAUAGACUGAGAUCAGAGCACGAUGCGUUGCUACAGAAACACUCUAAGCUUGUCUCGGAAAGGGUUGAGAUAUCACGUGAGAUGGAUCAGCUGAAUUCAGCUAACACUCAACUCAGAACUGAGAUAGACAGAUUCGAAACUCAGGUAAAUGAACUGAACCUGACUAAAAGAUCACGUGACAGCGAGAAAGAAGAGAGUUGCGUAUGUGAGAGCUGUUUAUCUCACCUUGAUACGAUACAGAGUCUACAGAAGGAAUUGGGAGAACACCUAAACACAAACAAUGAAAAGUACGAGAGAAUGGUGGAUUACUAUGAUAAUGUGCUGAGGGAGAGAGCGGCUGAUUUAGAAGAUCUUCAAAAUCAGAAUAUUGAAAUACAAGAGGAGAACUCUAACCUGUCCAAGAUCCUGCGAACAACUGUUAGUGGUAACAACCAGAAGGCCACUCCUGAGCAAAUAAAGAGCUUCAAGAGGGUGUCACGUGUUUCUGCUAUAUCAGGUCCAGCGUCAGUACCACGUGACAUUGAUAAGGAUCAGCUGAUAGCACAACUAACUAACGAACUAAACCGGUCUAAUGCUGAAAACACCUCUCUUGAUAACAGUCUCAGUGAGCUAACGACGAACAACAGAUCACAGAUCGAGUACCUGGAGAGUCAAGUAGAACUACACGAACAAGAGAAGACUGACAUUGUCGCUCAGAUACAGGUAAAGCUUGAAGACAGGGAAUUUUUACGAGCUAUUUUUGAACAAAAGAAAAUUCAAGACCCUCCAUUUUUCAAACAGCUUAUAACAGAAGGUAGAAGAACGUCACAUGACAUGGAGAGCGAGGAAGAUCUAGAGUUCAGACUCCGACAGAAAUGCGACGAAGUCAGGGUUUUAGAACGAGAGUUACAAGAGGCUGAUGAACACAGACAAACGUUAGAAAGACAGCUGGAAAAGGGGCACAAUGAAAAUAAAGAACUUAGUCAGAAAAGUAGCCAAUACCAGUACGCUAAAGACUCCCUGGAUCAGAUCGUCAAGGAAUACUGCGCGGGUGGUUUAUUCCCACGAAAACCGGAGACUUUCCUCUUUAUUGAUGAGAAACUAACUGCUCUUGUUACUACCUUAUACGGCAAUUUCACGAGGAUCAAGACGUUGAACGAGGAGGUAAAAUGGUACGAGACGGAACUGGAGAAACAAAACGAGGACCAGACAUCUGUAAAGAUAGAGAACCUGGAGAAACUGGUUGUUUCACAAAAGGAGCAGAUCUCAGAACAGUUCAAGGACAAGAUAAAAGACAAAUGUAAAAUACGAGAUAUGGAGGACGAUGUCCGGAAUAAGGAGGAGGAGUAUGAGGAGAUGAUGCAGCAGAUACAGACUCUCCAGCAGGAGAAAGAGAAAUAUAGUGAACGACUAGAUGAGACGGACAUGAGAUGUGCUGACUUGGAGGACGAGUUCCACCAGUACAAGAAGGAGGUAGAGGACGACAGACGGUCCCAGAAGGGGUCAAAACUCAAAAACCUGCAGCUGCACUCUCAAGUCUGGAUCUUGAAGAACAGGGUAUCAAAAUUUGAGAAACAAAGACAAGAAGUUUCUAAAAAUAACGAGCUUUUGCGUGAAGAGUUGCAAAUGGCACGUGACAAGUUAGAAGCAGCAAAUCUCCAGAUGGCAGAGCAAGAAAGAACAUCACGUCGGGUAUCCAAUAUCUUAAAACCGGGUGGUAAUCUCACUGGUAAAGAUGCCAUUAUCAAAGACCUCAAAGACCAGCUUAACCGCCAAAAGUCUUACAAUGACAAACUGGAAAAGAAGCUUGAUGACAAGCAGGAGAAACUGCGAGGGUUGGAAAAUAAAAUAAAUGACAUCACCCUGGAUAGAGACGCUGCAAAGGAUGAGCUACAAAGAUCUUUCUCGAGGAUGGAUAGUGAGGAGCCUGACUUCCAUGAUAGCAGCGCUAAUUCUGGUCCUUUGAGCAUGGAUCUUCUCCUGCAGAUGGACUCCAAACAGCGGCACAUAUCAGUUGAUUGUACUGUCCACGAGGAGGAUGUUCACGAACAGUUCAAUGAAGUUGUCAGGGAGAAUGAGGACUUGAAAGUGGAGUUGGACGAGAUAAAGCGUAAACUUAAGAGGAUUCAAGGCGAGUUGGAACGCGAGCGGCUUUAUGUUGAAAACUUUGAUCACAAUUACGAGGUGCAGCUAUUGAAGAACUCGGAACUGCAGCAGAAACUAGAUGAUCAGAAUCGUUCCAAGGUGACAUCAACUCUUCCAGUGAUUCAGGAAUCGUUUGAAGAAUCAUUGUACGACGGAACGCUAACACCACAAGAAAUAACUGAGUUACUUGAAAAACUUUCCGUUCUCCAAGAGGAACUCGGAAAUGAGAAACUCUACGUGAACCAUUUAGAGGAACAAAACGAACAGUUUAGAAUAGAUCUUCAUAGUGUUUCAAACGUAGAACAUCUCACUGGAGAUGAAAAGGAAGAUCUCGUUGGAAAAUAUUCCGAAAUGGAAAAGAGACUAACCGAGCGUUUGAGGGAACUUGAAGAAGCUCAGCAAACUAUAGAUGACCUCUUAAAGCGUAUCCACGAAUUCCAAAAGAACGAGCUGGAGUACAAGGAUGAUAUUGACAAUGUUAGUGAGCAACUUGAGCAAUCCCUGGAGGACAUGGUGGAACACGAAUCAAAGGUUGGUGUCCUCACGGCUGAGAAAACUGAGCUAGAAGCCCAAGUUAGGGAGAUCAAGGAUGACAAUUGCAGACUUGUUCAUAGGAAUGUUGCUCUCCAGGAAGAACUUAUCGUGGUUAAAGAAGGCCGGGAUUCUGAGACCAACGAGAAGAUAAAAGAUAAAGAUGACAUUAUUGAGAAUGCAAAUAAAAAUGUGGCAAAAUGGAGGAAUGACUACGAAGAAAGUGACCGGAAUCUCAGAGCUGUUACUUCCCAGUUUGAGGGUGCGAGGAAAGAGUUGCUCCAAUCUAACUCAAAGGUGGAGAGUCUUACAAGUGAAUUGGAGGAAUCUGAAAAUAGGAUCAAAGAAAAAGAAAGUGAGUGUUCUGAGGUUCUUCUCAAAAUGGAAGAACUUAAAGUUGAAGCUCAAAAGGUGCAGCAAAUGUUAAAUGAUGUAACUGAGAAAGAACAGCAGUCAGCUGCAGCUAUCCAUGAAUUAGAGGAUCAAGUACAAAAUCUACAGAAAGAGAAAGAGGUUUAUGAAGAAACUCUGAAAGGAAAAGAAGAAGAUGUAAUGCUGAUGAUGAAGAAACGAGAAGAAUCAGAUAUUGAUACAGUAGAACUUAGACAAAAACUAGAGGAAUUAACUCUGGUACAAGCAACAAUCAAAGAAAAGGAUGAUUGUAUCAAUACACUGAACAACAAAGUGCUAGAACUGACCGAAGCGAUUGAAAAAGAACAACUUAUGAAUGAAAAUAACAGAGAUCUGAUGAAUGGAAUGCAAAGAGAGGUUAGAGAUGCACGGAUAGAACGAAAAAAGGCACUUUCCAUGCAGGUUCAAUCUGAAGCCAGCAUUAAGAACAUACAAAAGCAAUGUGAUGAGAAAAUAAAAAUGGAGAAAAUAAUGAACGAUAAGAACAGGGGACUUAUGACUGGAAUGCAGAGUGAAGUUAGAAAGGCUCGUGCUGACCGAGCGAUAGCAGAGACUGCACUUGCUGAUGCUAAGAAAGCUAUUAGUCAGUUAGAGGGAGAAUUAGAGAAGGCAAACUUUGAGUUGGAGGAGUUGAGAGAGAGCAAAGAGGUGGCGAACCUACAGUCAGCUAUGAAUUCCAUACAAGACGCAAUGCAAGAGAUGGAACUUAGGGACGCAGAACUAAUGAAGACGCUUGAAGAAAAGGCAGAAAACAACUUGGAAAUUCAAACCGAACUUUCAAGUUUGCAAAACAAGCUCGAUAAAGCAGAUGAGCUCAACAACGUAGCUCUUGUCGAGAAAGAAUCAACAAUAUCGGCAUUGGAGUCAGCCCUUUCUGAAGAGAUGUUCCGAGGUGACGAACUUGAGAAAAAGCUUGAAUUAUUCAAUAACCGAGAAUUUCAGGAACAAUCAUGUCAGUCUGGAAUUGAAACCAAAAACAAUGAAUGUCAGAGCCAAGUUGUCGUUCGUUCAGAUGCAGGUUACCAGGUUUCCUGCGAAAUAAAUGAAGCGGUUACUCAAACGAGUAUGACAGUGGAGGCUCUGGUACAACUCCAAGAGAAAGUGGAGGUACUAGAGGAACAGCUUCAUAGCAUGACGGAGGAGUCUGGGUUAUCUUGUAACCAGCUUAUUGUAAUCAGAGAAGAGCUGGUUGCCGAGCAGGAGCGAUUCAAGGGAACAGUUUCAACUUAUGAAGCCCUUGUUGUGAGCAAACAAGCACAGAUUUACGUGUUACAAAAGGAUGCUGUAGAGCUUGCCACUCUCCAAGUCGAACUGUCUCAACAGCUCAAAGUUACCCAAGACGAAAACGCUAGAGUAAAACUGGAAGGGCAGAGAGUUUCAUCCGAACUUGCGAAUGUAAAACAAGAAAAUCAGAAACUAACUACAGCCACCAAUGCCCUUCAAACGGAACUUGACAUCCAAUUAGAGGCAAGGAACGAGAUUGACACGGUUAUUGAGGACAAAGAAAAGUCGUUCAUGGAGGUGGCAGACAAGUUUAACCUUGAGAAAAUAGAAAAAGAAGCCGCAAAGGAAACGAUCACCACUCUGGAGGAAGAAAAGGAGCAGCUAGAGAAUUAUCUUCUUGAAACAAAGAAGAAGCUCGACGAUGAGAUGGAACAAAGUAAAAUGUAUCAAGAUGAAGCGAGUGAAACUAUUAAUUCUCUCAAUAAUGAGUUGAGAAGACGUCUCUUGGAACAAUCCUACGCUCAUGUUCUGUCCAGUGAUUCAGAGACUGAUGACCAGAUUAGUACGCUGCCACGUCCUUUGAGAAAAUCUGCUGACUUCAGAGAUGCUCUAGAAGAAACCAAACUAUCGGUCAGAGCUCUUGCGAAAGCAAACCAAAAGCUUGGUCAUCAAAUCGACAAAUUGCUGACUGAAAAAGAUAGCUUCCGUCAGAAAACUGAGGAAGAGUUGAAAGAAGUGGGUAUCAUAAAAUCUACAUUAUACCAAGCUCUCGCCGAGAAAGACAAAUUUGAAACAACCACUAAACAGCUUGAAAUUGAGUUGAUGGAACGGGAAGUAAGCAUGGAAGGUCUUGAAGAAACCAUAGUGUUCCUCAAACGUGAACUCGAAAACCAGAAAAUACACCGCCUCAAAAAGUCACCUCACUCCCAAGGAACACUCACAGAACUUCACAACUUACAGCACAGGUGCUUCAUGGUGAUGCCAUCUGAUCCAGCCCGGGAGAUCCUCCACAUGUUUGUUAGCCAGUACAAAGACAACCUCUGUACCAACUGCUACGCUAGGAUCACCACUCUGGGAUCCAGACCUUGUACUCCACGCAAGAGCCCGGUGACAACCCCUCGGAAGAGUGCUGGUUCCACUAGUGAUAUCGUGGUUCAGACUGAUAGCUCACUCUUCAUAUACGGGACAGAUUCAGCUUACAGCUCUUCAGUUUCCAUACAGACAGAGCAGACUAGCAAUCAGAGUGUGGAGAGGUUGAAGAUGAAGAAUCAGCAGCUGUCUAAUGAUCUGACAGAUAGCAAAAACUCUGAAAAGGAGUUGGAGUUAGCACUGCAGUAUCAGCUCAAGAUUGCUGGAGAUCUGCAGAAAAAAGUUGGGAAGUUAGAAAAGCGAGAGAAGGGGUUAAUUGAGCAGGUAUCAACUUAUAAAGAUAGGGAGGUUGAAGCGGAGAAGAAGGAAAUGCUGUAUGAGCAGCUUAUAGAGAGAUACAGAGCUGUAAAAGAGGAGCUGAUAACGAGCGCAGAAAACGCUGAGAAAUUAGAGUUAGAGCUGAAAAAGAGACAAAACUGCACUCCAAGAUCGAGCACACCAGAUGAAUACAACACACCUCCUCACACGGAGGUCUCCCAACUCUACCUCUCUCCCAUCACUAACCGUAGCUCCACCACCAAGCUGGUGUGUGACCGGCAGUGUGACACCAUGAGUCCUCUCAUCCUGACCUGGGCUGACGAGGAGACCCAGACUUCACUUGAGGGGGAGGGGCAGGGGGAGUCGACUCAGAGUAGACUGUUGAGGGAGCUGCAACGGUGCACUGAACAGUUAUGUCAUACGCUGAGACUUGAAGACGACACCCUCCCAACCCUCACAACCGCUGUACUUCACAAAAUAGAACAGCUCAAACACCAAAAAGAAGUGUUGGAACAAGAAACUCAGAGAGAAAUGAAUAAGCUACAGGAGGAACUCUUGGCGGCCAAAAACCAGAUCAGUGUGAGUGAAGACUCAGCUCUGGAUAUAGAGGAGGAACUGAAGAGAGUUCUAGAUUUCCAGGAGAAGGAGCGAGUUGAAAUGCAGAAUAAAGUCAAGAGUUUUGCUAGUCAGCUGCAGACCGAACUGAAGAAGGCACGGAAUGGUAAGAAAUUCGCAGAAGAGGCCCUCAACAAUUCAAUUGAUAAGAUAAAUGAGGAAUCCAGUCUGCUGAACGAACAGCACGAGCAGUCUUUGGUGUCGAUGAAAGAGGAGCGAGAUAUGCUGGAACAUAAACUGGAAGAAAUAAUGAGUAAGUCAAAGGGGGAUUAUGAACAGCUGAUAAAAGAUAAGAAUGAGCUGGAGAGACAGUUCUUUGAUUACAAGAUCAAGAGUGUGUCUGAAAAAGAAAACUUGAUAGAAUCACAGACAAGCAACUUGGCUCUUCUGGAGAAACUGAAAGUUGAAUACCAACACAAAGAAGACCAAGUCAACGCUAUACAACAGCAAUGCACCGAAACAAUAGAAAAUCUAAAAUCAGAGAUGAAGGAAAUGGAGAUAAAAAAUAAAGAGAAAUCGUUUGAGAUAGAGCAACUCAAAAACAAUAUCCAUCAAUACACAAACAGAGAAGUAGACGCCUCGGAGAAGUUGUCACAGAGCCAGAAGAUAAUUGAUGCCUUGAAACGAGACGUCCUAGAAACCAGAGCGAGACUUGAAACCUUAGCGGGUUACGAAGUUAAGUGUGGUGACACGGAAACAGAGAAUGUGGAACUUCGCUCUAAAGUGCGAGAUCUGGAGACCACUAAGUUAACGUUACUAGACGAGGCAAAGGAGCUGAAGGAAGCCAUUGAGAAUGCGAGGGAUACUCUAAAUUCCAGGGUGGUGUCUGAGAGUUAUAAGAAUCCUGCUCUUGCAGCUGUUGCUGCACUUUGGGUGCAAGAACGAGAGGAAGUAAACGACACAAAAGAUGCGCUCCAAGCCACAGAGUGGGAGUUACAAGAACUUAAGGGGGAUGCUAAACAAUACCAGAGUAAACUAGCAGAGAUAGAACAACUUAAGAAACAGAUAGCUCAGGGAGAAAGUGAAAGAGCGAUAAUAAAGACGAAAUUGGCAGAGUUCCAGGAGCGACAGAUUGAAGCUGAAAACAGCGUUGAGAAUGCUAAGGAGGAACUCAACUCAUCACAGACUCAGAUGCAAGUUCUUGAGUCUGAUAAAGAGGAGUUACAGGCUCUGAUAGCAAAACAUACUCACGAGAAGGACAGACUGCUUGAAGAUCUGAACCAGAGCUUUAAAGAAAAGAAUGAGAAAGAAGUGAGACUGGAGAGUUGUCUUUGUGAGCUCUCUUCAACACAGGACCAACUCUUCACUGUUAAAGAGGAACUCGUUAGAAACCGGAUGGAAGCGGAGAAGCUACGAGAAUCCCUCCUACUGGCUCGAUCCGAGCUGGAUGAUUUAGAUAAGAAUAUUGGCCAGAUUAAAGAGGAGAGAGAUAAACUGUCCGCUUCACAGCCUAAAAGGAAGUCACUGGAGAAGAAGAUAACCGACCUGGAGCUGUUGAACAAGUCUCUGUCUAGACGACUAGCUGUAGCUUCAGAGGAGAGACAACGGGCGGAGGAGCAGGCGAGCGGUGUAACGGAGAAGCUGGAGCAGGAUGUGACUGAGAUCCUGGAAGCAUUUGAGGAGUAUAAGGAGCGGACUGGAACUGCUCCUGAGAAAGUUCAGGAGCUCAAACACGGAAUGGCCGCUCUACAGGAGACUCUGCACCAAAUAAUGAACACUAACUCUAAACUGACCAAGGAAAAAGUCAGACUUACUCAGGAGGUUGAGAAGUUCAAACUUGAGAACUUCAAUCUUAGCCAGGAGAGGAACGAGUUUAAAGACCAGCUAGAUAACAGUUUGAUAGACUUGUCUAAAGACGGUGAAGUGUCUAAUGAGCUCCUGGCUCACAAUCAAAUGUUACAAGCUCAGUUGGACGGCAUGUCUACACGCUCUAAUAGGCUUGACAAGCUAGAGCACGACAACACCAUUCUGAAGAAUAAAGUUCGGAAGAUGAAGGAAAUGCUGAGGGACAAGGAGGAUCAACUGAUAAACUUGAACGAUUCUAAUGAGAUGAAAGACGAACUAGAAAAAGAGAACUCCCAUUUUAAAAAGAUGAUUAAUUCGUUGAAACAGAAGCUGGAUACAAGCAAAGACGCAAACGUUAUGCUGAAGGACAAAAUAAGAGACUUGGAGGAAAGUCGAGAUCAGUUCUUGGCGUCCACGCCGAACCACUCUCGGAGCAACAGGAGCUUGAUGGACGUAUCCGAUGAGCUGGAACCCAUCCGAUCUGACAACGAUCCUCGGCGUCUUGCUGUCGAGAGUCGAGCCUCCAUGCCAAGUCUCGCCUCACAGAGUCGUGUGUCCAUGGCAACGUCUCAAAUUUCUAAUGUAGAGACAUUGUGUCUCGCUGAGAGGUGCAAGACUUUGGAUAUUGAGCUUAAAGAUUUGAAAGAGAGGUAUAAGAUCCUACAAGAUACUCACGAUUCAGAGCAGAAUAAAGCUCACGAAAUGUCGGACGCUCUGAGGAGUUCAGUGCGAAUUCUUAAAAGCUACAUCGACAGGAGUGGGGAUGUUAAGGGUGAGCGAAUGUGUGAGCUUCAAGACCAACUUGAGAUUCAAAGGUCACAGCUGUUUAACAUGGCGGAUCAAUUAGGAGUUGACUUGGCUCAGUCUUCUUUCUACCCUCCUGACGGUGAGUCACUAGCUAGUGUCAGCACUGUUUGUUUAGAAGGGACUGAUAAUCAACUCAUCUGAUUAAAUGGCGGAUCUGACGAAAUUGAAUGUUUGUAAGAUUCUUAUAGUUAUUACAACGGAAUUUUCAUGAACGGAUAAUGAAAGGGAAUUAUUAUGUCAUGUGAUUUUCAAAGUUUAAAUGAUGAUCUUUUUUUGAUACUUCUUUCUUAGUUCACAUCUUUUUUUUAUAUUUUGACAAUUCUUCAUCGUGUACAGAUAUGAAUUAAAUUUGUGAUAAGAAAAAAACCUUUCAGUUAUAGUCGCAAAAUGUGAAAUCUAGAAUGUAUAUAGUUGCAUGAACAAGCGCAGUUUUAAUGAGAUUAUAGGUAUUUAUGCAUAUUGCAUGUUAAGUUUGGUAUUAAUUAUUUAUGCAUGUUAAACUGCUUGGUCAGGACAAUAUCCAGAGUUUGUAAAUUAUUUCUUAAGGAAAUCGAUUUUGAGAUUUUCUGCUUUAUUUUAUAUUUUAACAUAACCUUUA